CCUCGGUCGAGGUUUCGCGUUCCGGGGAAGCUUUCACGACGCGUCGAGCUUGGAGAUUUUGGUACAAUAAUUUUGCGAAAUGGGAGUUUGAGAUUCCUGGGGACUUCUUCGUCCAGAUAGACGGAUCCCUCUGCAGCCUCACCACUCCUCCGUCAACCACCUCAAACCGUCAAAAUGACAACGCCCCUCACCAAAAACCCCAUGCCCUCGUGGAUAGAAUCCCCCUAUCCGCACGUCCAGCACUCGCUCAUCACCUUCCCCGCAAAGCACAUCCUCCUCGUCACCAUCAACCGGCCAGAAGCGCGCAACUGCCUCCCCGUCGAAGGCACCAUCGAGCUGGGCGCACUCUGGAAAUGGUACGACGCGGAGCCCGAGCUGCGCUGCGCCGUUUUCACCGGCGCGGGAGAUAAAGCGUUCUGUGCGGGCAUGGAUCUAAAGCAGAGACUGGAUAUCAUAGAAACGGGGGAGAUUGCGCAUGAUUAUCCGCCGGGCCAGUUCGCAGGCAUGAGUAAUCGCACGGGAAAGAAGCCGAUUAUCGUGGCGUGCAAUGGGCAUGCACAUGGCGGCGGAUUCGAAGCGAUAUUAAACGCGGACGUUAUCUUUGCGAGCCCGAACGCCACGUUCGCCCUUCCAGAAGUCCUGCGCGGCGUAUCCGCGCUCGCGGGCGCGCUCCCACGCGUUUUCCACCUCUUUGGAAAUCACCGGGCUAUGGACCUGAUCCUAACCGGUCGCCGUCUCGGUGUGCAGGAGGCUAAAGAUUGGGGAUUGGUCAAGGAAAUCGUGCCACAGGAGAAGCUAUUGGAUACGGCGAUAGAGUACGCGAAGCUGAUAGCGAGAUUGAGUCCUGAUAGUGUGAUUAUUUCACGGCUGGCAGCGAGGGAGGCGUGGGAAACGGGAGUGUCGAGGGCAACGAUGAGAGGCCAGGAGCUGUGGGCGGAGAAUAUGCUAAGGAGUGAGAAUGCGAGGGAGGGUUUGGCGGCGUAUCGGGAGAAGAGGGAGCCGAGGUGGAAGAGGAGUCAUCUGUAG